AUGGAAGCUACAGCUGCCCCUAGUGUAAUUGCUAAUCUGAAACUUCUUAACCAUGAUAACUACGAAGAUUGGAGCUUCCGGAUGCAAAUCUACUUGUUGGCUGAAGAUCUUUGGGACUUUGUCAAUGACACCAAUCAACCUCCAAGACGAGACGCUGAAUUUAAGGUUUGGAGCAAACUUAAUGCCAAGGCUUUACAUGUAAUUCAGAGUUCUUGUGGGGAUGAUACUUAUUCUUUAAUUCGGGGCAUCUACGUGGCCAACGUUGCCUGGAAUACUUUGGCAACAAAGUUGAAGCCAGCUGAAGCAUCAAAAACCACAGAUGAGGAAUCUGAACUUCACACCAACCACACCCUAAUCAGUGGUGAUGCUGGUGUAGAGGAAGACUCUACAAUCGAAGUUCGAGUUGAAGGACCUGAAGGCGAUGCCAAUGACUUGUACAUGCCUUUCUUCCAAACUUUGUUAGACAAUGAUUGGGAUGCUGCCAUGGAGUAUGCUAGGCAACAUCCUGAGAAACUAAACGCGACCUUUGAACAAUUCGACAAUGGGACAGCUCUUCACUUCGUAGUCUCAAACGGGAGGUUUGAAAUUGCAAAAGAGUUGGUGCAGCUAAUGAGCGAGGAAGACUUAGAAAUACUAGACUCUAUUGGUCGAACAGCUCUACAUUUAGCUGUAUUACAUCGAGGAGAUUCCCAUGAAAUAGUUAAGUGCAUGGUUGAAAAGAACAAGAAAUUACUUAGCAUUCGUUUUAACAAUGAAGAAAUUGCAAUUCCAUUUGUCUUGGCGACUAUAGAAGGAAGGGUAGCAAUGUCUCAGUAUCUCUAUUCUGCCUCUCCACUGGAAACUCUGGAGGAGCGUGCCUAUGCCGGUGUAGUUAUGUCUGCGUGUGUGGUGACAAGCCGAUUUGGUAGGUAUAAAUAA